AUGGAUGAUGAAUGUGGAUUGUAUCGACAUGUGGACGUCCCAGACCACGUCCACUAUAUCGUCGCCUUCUUUGUCUUGGUGAUUGGAGCAGUGGGGGUAACUGGGAACGCCUUGGUUAUGUAUGCUUUUUCAUGCAACAAGAAACUUCGAACUCCUCCAAACUUCUUCAUCAUGAACCUGGCUGUCAGUGACUUCCUCAUGGCGAUAACACAGUCACCGAUUUUCUUCGUUAACUCUCUUUACAAAGGCUGGAUCUUUGGAGAAAUAGGUUGUAAAGUGUACGCUUUCUGCGGGGCUUUAUUUGGCAUCACCUCUAUGAUAAACCUUCUGGCUAUCUCUAUAGACCGUUACAUUGUUAUCACCAAACCCCUGCAGUCCAUAGGAUGGACCUCUGCCAGACGCACCUGCCUUAUUAUUGCACUGGUUUGGCUGUAUUCAUUUGCCUGGAGCCUUGCACCACUUUUGGGAUGGAGUUCCUAUAUCCCAGAGGGUCUGAUGACCUCAUGUACCUGGGACUAUGUGACGUCCACCCCGGCAAAUAAAAGCUACACUCUGAUGUUGUGCUGCUUUGUUUUCUUCAUCCCUCUGGGCAUCAUAUCCUACUGUUAUUUGUGGAUGUUUCUGACUAUUCGUCACGCAAGCAGAGAGAUGGACCAGCUGGGCUCUCAGGUGAGGAAGUCCACCCUGAUCCAACAGCUGUCUAUUAGGACUGAAUGGAAGCUGGCAAAGAUCGCCUUUGUGGUCAUCAUUGUGUUUGUGCUUUCUUGGUCACCCUAUGCAUGCGUCACCCUCAUCGCCUGGGCUGGAUAUGCAAGUAUUCUCAACCCAUACUCCAAAGCUGUCCCUGCUGUGAUAGCAAAGGCAUCAGCCAUCUACAACCCUUUUAUCUACGCCAUUGUCCACUCCAAAUACAGGGACACCCUGGCAGAAAAGGUCCCCUGUCUUCACUUCCUGGUCCAAAACCCCAGAAGGGGCUGCAUAUCGAUGUCACACAGCAAGUCGUCCAUCAGGGACAUGGCGCUCAGCAGGCAGUCAUCAGUGUCCAAAACACAGUUUCACAGAGUCUCCUCUGUGUCCACUGCAGACACAGUUUGCAGUGAUGUGGAGCUGGAUCCCAUCGAUCAGAACCACGGUCUAAAACUGAGUUGCUCUCUUGAUACGUUAAAGGAAAGAGAAAAUUAUUCCUGA